AUGUCGUUUACUAAAUUGGAUGAUGCUAUUAUUGAAAUGCAAAAGCAGCUGUAUAAAGAAGAGUACAUGAAAGAAUUACGCAUGAGAAGAGGGGGGAAGUUUUACCCUUUCAACAUCGAACCGAUGCCGACCGAACGCGAACGUCUGAUUAAACCAAUGACUGAUUCCGAAAGGGCUUCCCGUAAACAAUGGCUUGCUGAUCAAAAACUUUCCCCACGUGAACCGGUGGAUGUACCUGAAUUUACACGCAAGAAUAUUUUCAGGCGGGCUUACUGUAAAUUCUUUGAUGGCUUGGCCGGUAUCUUCAGACCGGUUCUGGGUCAAAAAUACACCCCCGUUCUACGGAAAGCUCUGCCGUUGGCACUCAUUCCCUAUCUUGCCGUUUGUACCUUUUGGUAUCAAGUAAAGUAUUCACCGAGGACCUGGGAAACGGGUUUCAAGGGAUUUCGUAUCGAGAGACUUAGACGUCCGGCUGUCUACCCAGGCCAGCCUGACUUCCCCAACUCGCCAAAAUUGGAACAUCACUUCGCUGACGAGGGCUUCAGUAACAGAAAAAUUUUCCUCGGUGACAAGUUGGUCACGAGUGGCCGCUGA